AUGGCGUCGGGCGCUACCGCGGCGGCGCCGCGCGUCGAGGUGUCCGCGCGCUCGGGUCCUAGUAGAAACAAGAUUUCUCGACCGCCAGGUCACGCCCGAACCGUUCCGCCGUGGGCAUUCCGCGCGGGUGUCCACCGUAUCGAGUCGCGAGCUACGCGCGCGCGAUGCUCAGCCACGCUCGAGCUCGACCGAUACGGCCGAUCGUGCGGGGUGUCGGCGGAGAAUGCGCGUCUCGCCGCGCGUUUUUUCCUCGCGUCGGAGACGAUAUUGGCACGUGCUGUAAACCCGUUCCAAUGGAGGCCGCGGACGCGUCGGCGGUGCUUGACGCCUCACGCGGUGAUGAACCCCGCGGCCUAUCCGGACAACAGAUGGUCGACCGGGUCUCACGCGACGUCGGGAGCCCGUCCGGUGACCCAAAGGAAAACAUUCGACGACAGGCUCAACGUGUUCGGCGUCAUACUCACGACGCUGGCGCUGACCCUCACGUCCGCGCUCGUCACGGCGUGGUCCCUGCGCGCCUACUCCGUCGCCGUCUUCCUCGGCAACGCGUGCGUGCACGUCAACCUGCUGCUGCUGUUUGAGACGGCGGUGCGGUCGGUGGCCAAGCCGUCGGUGGCGUACGCCAACAGAGCGUCGGAUCGACACCCGAGGGACGCGCCCGCGUUUUUGGUGCUCGACACCGUGGCGCUGGCGCUCAUCACGUUGCACAGCCUGCAGGUGUGCGGGUUCGUGCGUUUUGCGGACCCCCGGGUCGCGGCGGCGUUGGUCGCGGCGUGGCCGGCGACGAUUGCGAAUUGGAUAUCGCGGCUGGCGAUGGAGACGACUGCGUUUGACGCCCUGUCGCGCGCGGUGGCCGCCAAGGAGGUGGCCGCGAUGCGACUCGCGACGCAGGUGAGGCGGCUCGGCGGUGCCAGGUGCCUUCCCCCGGACGCCAACGCGUUCGCGCGGUUUUGGCGUUGGUGCGCGUGCAUGUGGGACAGCGCCGUGCUGAUGGCGGAGAGCGGCAGCGGUCGGACUUUUCGAAGGGCUAUGCUGGCGUGUUCGCUCGCGGACUGGGCGCUGUUACUGGGCGCGUGGACCGCGCUGGGGAUCCAGGGCGCCGCCACCCACGGCACCUGGGUCCAGCCCCACGCCGCGGUGGUCCCGCUGGCCGCAUUUCUAUGCCUCGACGCCACGAGGCUCGGGUGCCAGCUGAUGCAUUCUCGGCUGCUGCGAAGGCUGAGAACUCGACGACUGGGCGAACGGCCGGCUACCGGAGCGUCGUCGUUCGUUCGGACCCCGGCGGGGAUGACCACCGGAUUGACACGCUGGGUGUUCUUCGGCAACAUCGCGUGUUUCGUCGCGGUCGCCGCGCUCGGUUGCGGCGGCGGCGGCUGGCGCGUGCCGGUUCCACCGGGAACCACCGCGAUUUCUCUUCUCCUCCUCGCCAGGUUUCACCGGCUGAUGAUCGAGGGAGCGUACCUCGCCGCGACGUUACUCGCGAAGGUUGUCGAUCGCUCGGGCGAGCUCCCGGUGUUUGAGCUCCCAGGCGCCGACGGCGUACGCAAGGGGGGUGCGUACGCGUCGUCCAUAUCUCCGAGGUAUCUCGCGCCUCAGCGGAACGAGCUUCGGGGCAAGAUACCUCGACGGGAAGCGAAAGGUCCGUUGGGCGUCGUUCGAGCCGGUUUGCUGACAAAGAUCGAGUCCACCGGCCGCACGUUGGACGAGUUUCUGACUGGAUUUGGACGCGCGCGCGUAGACCAGUUCGGCGCGCCCGGGGCCAUCGCGGAGGCGGCGACGACCGAUCCCAACGCGGGUCUCUCGCUGGGCGAGUUCACCGAGGCCAUCUCCACCGGCCUGCGAGGUCACCUCGCGGGUAAAGGAGCCGAGGACGCGGCUAAGACGCUCUUCGACGAGAUGACCUCGGGAACGGGGGGAAAAGACGGACGGUCCGUCGGCCUGAACGAGAUCAAGGAAUGGCUCAAGGAUCAGCCCCCGUUGGACGCGGCUAACCCGGGCUCCGUUAACUCGGGUUCGUUUGGAUCCGUGGACGAGGGCGAACGCGACUCGGAGGAGCGCGACAGGUGGCGCGCUUCCGUGCAGAGGGUCCUGCUUCAGUUCGUCGAGAGCAGGGAUCGCGUGACGAGCGCGGUGACCAAGACGUUCGAGGACAUCCAGGGCCACGUGCUCCCGAUGAUGCCGGCGCCGCACCCGCCAAAAAAAAGCGGGCUCCGACUCCUCUCCCUCGAGGGCGGCGGGAUAAAGGGCCUGACGCUGAUCUGGCAGCUGCGAGCGCUGGAACGCGCGGCGGGCAAGCCCAUCCACGAGCUGUUCGAUCUCAUCGGCGGCGUCUCUACCGGCGGGAUAAUCGCGCUCGCGAUCGCGCGGGGCACGCCUCUCGACGAUCUCGAGCGGAUGUACUGGGACAUAGCGCGGCUGGUCUUCGGUAAGCAGAGCGCCGUGCGACAGCUGAUCAAGGGCCACGCGGGCGAGAACGACGAGAUCCGGCGGUUACUCGUCGAGGGCCUCGGCGACUUACCCAUGAUCACCGACGACCCGGCGCAGCGGGUGAAGUGCUUCGUGGUGUCCACGCAGCAGACGGACAGGCUGGAGGUGCGUUUGAUCCGAACGUACAGGAACCCGAACAAGGGAAGGGACCAGAACGAGAACUGGGCGCAGUGGGAGGCCGGAAUGGCCACCUCGUCCGCGCCCACCGUCUUUCCACCGUUCAUCCGGACCGACGAACGCACCGGCGACAAGUCCACCUUCAUCGACGGCGCCCUCAGCGGCUACAACAACCCGUCGUCGCUGGUGCUGAACGAGGGUCUGGACAUCGCCGAACCCGGUCAGCGCAUCGACGUCUUGCUGUCGCUCGGAUGCGGCGAGGCCAAGGGCGCGAUGGGAGACAACCCCUUCUGGAUCGUCGGUCAGGUGAUCAACCUCGCGUUCGACACCGAGCUGCAGGAGGCGCACGUCGCGUCCAUGAUCGCGCGAUUCUCGCCGCAGACCUCCCACGUCCGCCUCAAUCCGCCCACCGCGCACUACUCCCUCACCGAACACAGGGUCGACGUGCUGACGCGCAUGGAGGACGACACGCGCCGGUACCUCGCCGCGACGCAGCCCGUCUUCGAUAAGCUCGCGGCCAGGCUCGCGCCCCCGCCGGGUGUCGAUGAGGCGCGGGACGAAAAGGGGGCGGCGAGCGCGUCCAACAACAUGGUCGCGGCGAUGGGAAACCUCGCCGCGAUGGGUUUUUCGCCGAGGCUCCCGAGCGGCUCGGACCUGUCCAGGGUUCCCGCGGCGGCGGCGAGCUACGUGGACGAGGGCAUGGCGUCCAUGCGGUCGUGGAUCGACGAGAGCUUCCAGCCCGGGAAGGCGCGGUGA